CUUGAACGUAAGACGCUCUUGUGUUUUGCCGCGAGAUACAGUUUCUUAAAUCAGCCUCGCCUCGAGUCUACAACUUGAUUGGAUUGUGCGUGUUUAUGUUAGUUGUUUUCAUUGUCUGAACUGUCAAACCAAGAACGCCACCGCUGUACAGCUCGCGCGCAUCACCGCUGCUCCAUGGAGACUUGAGCCGCGCGCACCGAGCGCAUUCACUGUGAAUUAAACCGAACUACAGAAGAGCAAGUCAACAGCGAGUGUUGGAGUCCACCGGAAUACACACACCGUCUCUGUGCAAAGUUGCUUGUCAAAUUCCUCUCAGCCUAUACAGGAGCUACUCAACAAAAUGAACCUCUGUUAACGUACGUCUGUCUGUCAGAGCAGAGGUUUAUUGAUCGUCAUCUCUGCGACUGGUGGACACAGUUACCGCUACACUGCCACCAUGCUUCAUUUUCGCCUUCCUUCAACCCCUUUCUCCUUAACUCCUUGCCUUUCCUCUCUCCUCCUCCUGAUCUUCCUCUUGGGGCUCGCCCAUCUCUCUCAGGCUGGUGGCGACGCCCACAGCAGCCCAGGGAACUGUUCAGGGGAGGACAGCUGCUCUGAGGGUGUCGUCCUGCCGGUAUGGAACCCCCAGAACCCCUCUGUAGGCGACAAGGUGGCACGUGCCAUCGUCUACUUUGUGGCCCUCAUCUACAUGUUCUUGGGUAUGUCCAUCAUCGCCGACCGGUUCAUGUCAUCCAUCGAGGUGAUUACAUCUCAAGAGAAGGAGAUAACGAUCAAGAAACCCAAUGGAGAGACCACCACUGCGACCGUACGCAUCUGGAACGAGACAGUCUCCAACUUGACCCUCAUGGCUUUGGGAUCGUCGGCCCCUGAGAUCCUGUUAUCCGUGAUUGAGGUAUGCGGGCACAAGUUUGAGGCUGGUCACCUGGGCCCGAGCACAAUUGUGGGUAGCGCUGCCUUCAACAUGUUCAUCAUCAUCGCCCUCUGUGUUUACGUGGUCCCAGAUGGUGAGGUACGCAAAAUCAAACACUUGAGGGUCUUCUUUGUGACGGCAGCCUGGAGCAUAUUCGCCUACAUUUGGCUCUACUUGAUCCUCUCUGUCUUUUCUCCUGGUGUAGUGGAAGUUUGGGAGGCCGUGCUUACUUUCCUCUUCUUUCCGCUCUGUGUGGUUCAGGCCUGGAUCGCUGACCGUCGUUUGCUCUUUUACAAAUACGUCCACAAGCGCUACCGUGCUGACAAGAACCGUGGGAUCAUCAUUGAGACGGAGGGUGACGGCAUGUUCACCAAGAUGGAUAUGGAGAUGGACGGCCAAGGUGCCAAUUCCCACCACAAGGAGGCACUUGAUGGGAUGCUGGCUGGGGUGGAGGAAGGAGGUGGAGGGGAAGAAGAGGAGGCGAGGAGGGAGAUGGCUCGUACGUUGAAGGAACUCAAGCAAAGAUACCCGGAGAAGGACAUGGAGCAGCUGAUUGAGAUGGCGAACUAUCAAGUGCUGGUGCAACAGCAGAAGAGUCGAGCUUUCUAUCGCAUCCAGGCUACUCGCAUGAUGAUCGGAGCGGGGAACAUCCUCAAGAAGCAUGCUGCGGACCAAGCCAGGAAGGUGGUGAGCUGCCAUGAGGCUAAUGCCCAAGAAGAAGACCCUCACACCAUCUAUCUGGAGUUUGAGCCCUCUCAUUAUCAAUGCUUUGAGAACUGCGGCUCUUUAAAACUCUCUGUGACCCGACAUGGUGGAGACAGCGGCUACACUGUCAAGCUGACAGUCGGUGUGAUUGACGAUGACAUAUUCGAAGAAGAUGAGCAUUUCUACGUACAUCUCAGCAACCCUCGUGUUGUCCACCGUGCCGAGGUCUCCGUCCUCGACCCUAAUGCGGUGUCGCCAGGCAACAGCAUUAUAGGGUCCAGCCACGUUCCUCCCAAAGCUGCCCUAGGUAACGCACACACUGCCACGGUGACCAUUUACGAUGAUGACCACGCAGGGAUCUUCACGUUCGAGACCAAUUCCACACGAGUGAGCGAAAGUGUGGGCAUCAUGCAGGUGAAGGUCCACAGAACAUCUGGAGCAAGGGGGAAGGUGGCAGUACCGUACCACACUACAGAGGGAACUGCCAAAGCUGGAGAAGACUAUGAAGAGGUGGCUGGCAAACUGGAGUUCCUCAAUGAUGAGACCAUGAAAAUCCUGGAGGUGAAGAUCAUUGACGAUGAGGAGUAUGAGAAGAACAAAACCUUCAUCAUCCACCUGGGGGAGCCGGUGCUGCUGGAGAUUGGGCAGAAACACGGAGACUCCAAUGAUAACAAACCGGCGGUGGGGGCAGAGGAAGAGGAGGUGGCCAAGAUGGGGUGCCCAAGUCUGGGAGAGCACACCAAACAGGAAGUGGUGAUAGAGGAAUCGUACGAGUUUAAGAAUACCGUCGACAAGCUCAUAAAGAAGACUAACCUGGCGCUGGUGGUGGGCAGCAGCAGCUGGAGAGAACAGUUUGUCAGCGCUGUCACUGUCAGUGCAGGUGAUGAUGAUGAAGAGGAGAGCGGGGAAGAGCGCUUGCCCUCAUGCUUUGAUUACAUCAUGCACUUCCUGACAGUUUUCUGGAAGGUUCUGUUUGCCUUCGUUCCACCUACGGAGUACUGGAACGGCUGGGCCUGCUUCAUUGUCUCCAUCACGCUCAUCGGGGUCCUGACCGCUGUUACUGGAGAUUUGGCCUCUCACUUUGGUUGUACAGUAGGCCUGAAGGAUUCUGUCACAGCUGUGGUGUUUGUGGCCUUGGGCACAUCUGUGCCUGAUACUUUUGCCAGCAAGGUGGCAGCCAUCCAGGACCAAUACGCCGAUGCAUCCAUUGGAAAUGUGACAGGUAGUAAUGCAGUUAAUGUCUUCCUGGGUAUUGGAGUGGCGUGGACCAUCGCUGCUGUGUACUGGCACAGUCAGGGCAAAAAAUUCCAGGUCCCGCCGGGGUCGCUGGCGUUUUCCGUCACCCUCUUCACCAUUAUGGCACUGCUGUGUGUUCUGAUACUGCUGUACCGCCGCCGGCCCUCUGUGUCCGGGGGCGAGCUGGGGGGUCCGCGAACCGCCAAGCUGCUCACCGUGUUCCUCUUCCUCAUGCUGUGGCUCAUCUACAUCCUGCUGGCCUCGCUGGAGGCUUACUGCCACGUGCCUGGCUUCUGAGAAAGUUCCUGAGAGAGAUGUACUCUUUGCUGUAAAACCUCCCAUCAUUCUUCCUCUCUGCUUUUGUGUAUAUGAGAAGUCUAAAAUGAGUGUUUAGAUCUGUUCUUACUGAUUAUUAUCGCUGUUGAAAUUGAACUCGCAUCCUUUAGCUAACACUGACGUGGAUUUCUAGAUGAGUGUCAGUGGAGGAUGAUAGAGGCUCUGUGAUUUCAUGCACAGCUUCUCUUUAUAGAUGGAUCUCACUUACAUGGUGUCUGCCACCCCCUGGAUAUUCAGACAGAGCAACUCUCUCCAGAAUACUCUCUAGAGAGCCCCCUCAGCGUUUUUCUUGCUUCAGUGCUGUUUUUUCCAAGGAUGGUCCUUUAUGCCUCACUUCGAUAUUCUCUCAGAAAUCCCUCAUCUAUUAUUCUCUCUUCCCUCCCAAGUCGCUGUCAAUAGACUCAUUCCCACUGCAGAGAUCUGGGCAUGCUUCACACCUCUACCUACCCUCAAGACAUGAACACUCUGUUUCAUCUGUCUUCUCUUGCCUGUUACUGAAGCUCCCCGCAGACAUUCGUACCACACUAGCGCUGUUCAUUUUUCACAACUAUAAUUUCAGCUCAAGUGAUCCGGUGAGGGCUGAGCUUCUCAAACUGACUCCGCCCCUAAUAUGACCUUUGCCCAUAACCCUGGCCAAAUUCUACUCAAACAUCUUCAUCACCUCUGAACAUGCCCCAGUGCUACCUACACCAGACCUUCUUCAACUCUUGACCUCACCCUCAAUAAUUAUACAACAACUUCCUCACUAUUAACCUCACUUCAAUGUUAUCGCAGGCCCUGCUUAGUACUACUUAUACCCUUAUACUACUAUAGUGACCCCGCCCCAUCACUACAUACACCACACCUUCACUUCUGACUCCACCCAUUACACUACCUAUACCACACCUUUUAAUCUCUGGCCCACCCCAUUAUUACCAUACCUUAUUUACAUAUGACACCAAUUCACAACAAACAACGCCCUCUUCACUUCUGACCCCACCCACAACCCUACCUGUGCCACACCCCUUCC